UCCAACCAAAAACGACGAUUGAUUGUGGUGAUUUUGCACAACCAGAACGGCUCUGAGCUGACUGAGGACGUUGCCUGCCUCUGCAAUGGAUUGUGGGAGAGAGCAGCUUCUUAGCGAUGUUAAACGCAAGGUAGUCUGUAUACAAGAUGCCAUUGCUAGCAUCGCAGAAAAACAGGAGAAGUUGUACCACAGUGCUGUAGGGGUCAAGUCUGACAUUCAUACAGCCAUCUCCCGUCAGCUUGAAACUCUCCGCAAUCGAGAGGUUUGGCUUCUUGAUCAAGUUGAAGCAAUCCUUCGCAUCCAAGACCAACUCUUGCAGGAGCAUCUGGUGGGCUUGAUGCACGAGCUCGGAGGACUUCAGCGUCUCGUAGAAGUUGCUCAGUGUCAUGAGGAGGACAGGGAAGGAUUGAAUGAAGAGUUGGCUCAGACUUUAUCAAGACUUGGUUUGCUCAAUCUUCAGCCAAUUGAAGAUACAACGAUCAACUUUACGGCAGAUAUGGCUAGUCUUCGAAGAGCCCUUCAUGACUUUGGAGAGAUUGAUGCGAAGCGACCUCGUUGGAGCCAAAACUUGGAUGUGGGGCUCUCCUCAAAGAAUCCAGCCUUGGAGCUGUCUUACAACCCUUCUGAUUGGCUCAUAAGGAAGACCACACCAUUCUCAUCCAAUCAGAGUGAAGAUGACUUUGAAAUUGUCGAUGACGACCAAUCAGAAGCCGAUAUAGAGAUCAUUGAUGGCGCUCGACAAGAGGUGAACGAAACCGCAUCUUGGCCCAUUACAAACUCUGCGCCAACCUUUGAGCAUAUGGAAGAGUUGAUGAAAUCACCUUGGACGGAUUGGCUCGCUGAUUGUGGGAACGAUCGAAGUGAAGAUCUCCAGGAGAUUGCUUACUUCAGUGAGGUGCCCGACGACAUCCAGUCUUGGCUAGUCUGUAGUGAACAGAGGAUGGAAGAUGACGGAGUAGAUGAAGAAGAAGAUGAAGAAGAUGAAGAUGAAGACAUAAAUGAAGCUGAGGAGGAUGACAGACUGUCCUACCCUAAACCAACCUGUGCCUGCACUGCUGCCGAGCAAGGCCCACAGUUUUACGAAAUAGAAAACCUGGCGCAGCUCCUGUGCAUCAAAGACAACGCUCCGCCGAAGCCAGCCCCUAAGACAAGUUCCUUCAACUCUAGCAAGUGGCUUGCAAGAUCAGAAGAAGAUGUUGUUGAUAACACACCUCUCCCUAACGUUAAAAAGGUUUGUCGUGCAAAUGAACCUUGCAGAGAUUUUUCUGAGUGUUUGUUUGAUACGAAUUGUUGUCAGAGUAAUAGCAUAGAGAAAUCGAAAGAAGAUCAAAGCCCUUCUGAAAAAUCACCAGAAAUCGAAUCUUGGUUGAUUAAGAAUAGUAGUAGCAACAGGUGUUCAGAGCAGACAUCUGAUUGGCUUGCUUGUAAUUUAAAGACCAUUCCAACAACCAAUGAAAUGCCAUCCCCCAUCCAUGGCUUUCUAUCCGAUACCUCCGAUUGGCUUGUCAAGGAAUCAAAAGAUGAAAGUGUGUUCUCGGUAGCCAAUAGCAUUGAAAACUAUUUUGGCCAUCUUUCUAACGAGCCAUCUGAUUGGUUAUUGCAAGAGCAACAUCAACCAACAACCACGCUGGUGUCUCCUCUGGAAAGCUAUUUCGAACAGAGAUCUGAGAAUGUAUCUGAUUGGUUGGUUCAUAAGAAAAGUGAGUCCCGAAGGUGCCUUGAAGCGAAAACCUAUGCAAUCUCAACCCCUGCCUCGUCAAAAUGGCUCGCUUGUAGUGAGACAAUUUCUGACAGAAGCCCCACACAAACAUUUAACACUUACCUUGAAUCACGAUCAGACGAGCCCUCUGAUUGGAUCACACAGUCCAAUCAGAAGUCAGCCUCGUUCUUACUGACCAAUCACGACUCAGCAUUGUCGGUGUAUUUGAAAGAACGCUCAGAGGAGCUUUCUGAUUGGUUAGUGUGUGAGAAGGAAAGGUCCCAGGUAUCCACUGAAAAGUACUCAGAUUGGCUACUCACAGAAAAGACAGACGCUAAAUCGUCUGAAAAGCUCUGGUUGAAGUCUGGGAUAGAAGAUAACAAGAACUGUGUUGAAGAGCUUUCCCAAAUGGUUCACCAGUUCUCAAUCUCGACGGCUAAGAAUGAGAAACGGGCUAACCCCUGGUUGUCUAACUCCACCAUGGAGUGUAAUGACCCUAGUGUGAACACCAGUGGCCUGUUCUCAUGCUUUAAUGAAAAGUUGGAUGUGAAGAGAUGGCUGGUGUCUUGAGGUCAAAGGUGAAAUAUAUCGAUAUUUUUACCUGGAUACUAAUUGUGGUCGGUGAACUAACGAGUUGAGAAACUGAUUGUCCGUCAAUCAUCGAUAAAAAAAACUUUUCAAUUGGGUAAAGUGAGCCCUGCUGUAAGAAAAACUUGAAGGGGAACCAAAAGAUAAU